GUAUGUGAUUUCACUAUAUUUCCAAACGAAACGCCGAAAAAUAGCUUAUUAAGGUGAUAAAAAUCAUAGCCGGCUAUUUAUUAUAAUCUAUACAUAUAUUCUGCGCAUCGAACAGACAACUCGUCUUUUUUUACCAAGAUAAAAUUGAAGUAGAAAGAAACUUUUCACAAAGACAAGAUGACUACUUGGAUUGCAUUGGAAUCGAAUCCAGAGGUACUCACCAAGUACAUUCAUAAAUUGGGUGUAUCCCCAUUAUGGAGUCUUACUGAUGUAUUUGGCUUGGAACCAGAUCAAUUGGAAUGGCUUCCAGGACCAGUUCAAGCACUUAUUCUUCUCUUUCCAUGCUCGAAUAGUUUUGAAAAAUAUUCGAAAGAACAAGACGAAGAAUUGAAGGCAAAUCCACCAAAAGUCCCAGAAGAUCUCUUCUUUUUGAAGCAAUAUAUUCACAAUGCAUGCGGCGCUAUUGCAUUGGUGCACAGCGUUGCUAAUAAUCCAGCAAUUGAAAUUGAGGAUGGAAGUAUUCUGAAGAAAUAUUUGGAUGAAGCACGUGAUUUGACGCCAGAAAAACGUGGAAAAUUGCUCGAGAAUGAUAAAUCGUUUACUGAUGCUCAUCAAGAGGUUGCUGUCGAAGGUCAAACUGAUGCCAACUCUGGUGAACCGGUCAAUCAUCACUUUGUCGCUUUCAUCAAUUUUAAUGGUCAACUAUAUGAAAUGGAUGGACGUAAAACGUCUCCAAUACCGCACGGUAAAACUUCCGAAGAGUCAUUUUUAAAGGAUGCGGCUAAAUUAUGUAAACAGGCUAUUGAACGCGACCCAGAAGAUGUUUCAUUCAGCGUUAUUGCUUUGGCACCGACACAAGAUUAGAACGGCCAUUUAAACUAUGACAGCCUUACUCAACUCUCUUUUUUGUCGCAAUUUUUGUUAAGCCAAGCAUUUAAAAUGCUUCGAUGUAAUACAUAAUAUGACUUUCUUUUAAAUUUACUUGCAAAAAAAAAACGAAACUCACAUUUUUAUAUGCAUUUACAUGGCUUGAUAAUUCAAUUAUGAAAAGCAAACAAGCUUCAGCCGUUAGGCAACCAAAAUUUUCAUAUGAAACGGUGCGGCGAAAAAAUGGCUCUUAUUUUUCUGCCACAUACAGUCUUUUUUUCACAUAGUUUAUUUAUUGUAUUACAUUAUAGAUUACAACAAAUAAACUAUCCAUAAAAAACGUUCGGGAAAAUAAGAGCUAUUUUUUCGCUGCUACGAUUCAUGUAUGUGAUCGCGUGCAAGAGCAUACAUAGUCUACAGACUUCUUAAAUUAUAAGUUGAAUAUUCAAUAAGCAAAAAAAAAACAUUCACCUGUGAAAAUUUAUAAAUUCGAGACGAUACAUUUUAUUGUCCAAAUAUGAGUUUAAUAAUCUCUCUUAUAAAAUUUUUUCUCUUAAAUUGAACCGAAUGGAAAUAGUUUGGCACACAUUUUGUGAUGUUGAAAUUCUAAAUUUGUUCAUAUGUUUUGAUUAUAUAUAUCAUUUUCCUAUAUUUAGAGCUAUAUUUGAGCUUAUAAAAAAAUAAUAGUGGAAAAUACGAUAUUCAAUUCGAUCAUUUAUACUGAUGAUUCCUGCUUGUUUGAAUAAAAUCGACUAAUUUGAGUAUUCAAUCUA